UUGUUAACGUACCUAUCUGCAUUUUUAUUACUUGUGUCGAUUUCUAUUCGCAGUUCCGCUGUUUUUAAUUGUUACCGGCUGAUUUACAUAAUCUAAGUCAAAAUGUCUGCCGAUCAAAUCAAUCAAAACGUUCCAUCCAUUACUGACCUCAGUCCCACCUGUAUGGAAUCCGUCAACAGAUUCUCCAAAUUGCCAGUUGUUGAUUCUACAAUCAAAACAGCUACAAGUAUUUACGAAAAAGUAAAAGAUUACAAUAGCAUUACGCAAUGGACCCUAUCAACAGCCGAAAAUACCAUGAACAUGGCCGUAGAAGUAGGCAGACCUAUUGCCACACCAGUAAUUAGAAAUCUUGAAGGUCCUAUUAAAAAAGUAGACAGUGUUUUGUGUUCAGGAUUAGAUUACGUCGAGAAUAAAGUUCCUGCUGUUAAGCUGCCAGCUGGAGAGAUUUUUUCACAGAUCUACAACUCUACCUACGGCUAUGUAUCAAGCACAGUCAGUCCUGCUGUGCAAACGGCUAAAGCUUACUCGGAAUCAGCUAAGGCGUACACAGAGCCUGCUAUGAAAACGGCCAAAGAUAUCCUAGAGCCUUCUUAUGAGAGAGCAAAGUCUGCAGUGGAACCAGCUGUGGAAAGGGCUAGGGGUAUUGUGGAACCCUUAGUACAACCAGCUUUAGAUAAAGCCAAUGCUAUCAAGGAAAACGUGAUGAACAAAGUGGAUGAAUUAUUGCACCAUGGACAUAAUCAUGAUGGACAAGUAGUGGAAUGCGAAGAAUGUCAAGAAGUCCGCAGGAAAGCAGAAGAACAACAACGGCAAAGCCAUCAACAUCAACAGUAACAAAUAUAUUUUUAAUACUUUUUUCUCGGUGUUUUGUUUUCGUUUUAAAAUCCGCCAACUUUAUGUAAGACUGUUUUUAGUUAUUUAAGAGGUUAUAAGUACUACUUAUAGAUUUUAUAUAAGCAUAUCAAGUAAUUACUAGUGAUAGAAACAAAUCUGAAUAUUAAUAAUUGUGUUUAUACAUUAAUAAAUUUUUGAAUCGAU